CGACUGCAGUCUUGCUUUCAGCUCUGGGAGGGAGAGGUAGUCACUGCCAUUCACUUCUCACCCUCUAUUUUUUUUUUAUUAUUAGCUCAGUUGGAUCUGGCUCUUUUUGCCCCCCCCCCCCCAUCAGCAGUGCUGACUUUUCCGUUGCGCAACCGAGUCUCCUGCACAUCCAGGACUCUCAGGUAGAGGUGUGAGGGGAAAUACUGCGAAAAACAGGAGCGAAUGCAUUGGUCUGGACUGGAUCUGCUACUGUAGGUCAGGUAGGACUUAACUGAUGGCCCUUAAAUUUUAAUCCACUCUGUCGUUAACCGUGCGCACUGGCUCCGUUUUCGAGUCCCGAUGUUCAAGACGGCCAAUUACCCGACGGUGGAUCCUGCGCCCACCAUCAUGCACGGGGCUUGGCUUACCACGGGGUGCCGUGAAAACACGCCCGUGGCCGUGGAGAAACCUAAGAAAAAGGCGUUCAGCUUGGUCAAAAUAAUGUCUCUCAGCAACAAGAAGGGACACGGAAAACAUCCGCACCACAACAACAACAUCCCCUUUACGAUCCACUGUCACAUCGGGAAAGAGAUAAAGCACAUUUGCAGCAACUGCAGUCGCGGGAAUGAAACCCAGGACGCUGAGGAAGUAGAGAGGCUGGCCGCCAUGCGUUCUGAAUCCUUGGUUUCUGGCACCCACACUCCACCCAUUCGUCGUCGGAGCAAAUUCGCCACGCUGGGACGCCUUCUCAAGCCGUGGAAAUGGAGGAAGAAGAAGAGCGAGAAGUUCAAGCAGACCUCUGCUGCUUUGGAGAGGAAGAUGUCAGUGCGACAGAGCAGAGACGAACUGAUCAAGAGAGGAGUGCUGAAGGAGAUCUUUGAAAAAGCAACUGUUGAAUUCCGGUCCUCGAUGGACGGCAGCCUCUGCACUCAGGAGCCCCCUAUUAAGUCAUCUAUGGUCCUGCCAACCAAGAAAUCUGUUACCUACCCAUCAGACCUUCAGGAUACCCCCGCUAAGCCACUGCUGUACCACAAACAGCCUCCUGCUCUCCCCCCAAAGCCUUUCUCUCGGAUCCCAAAUCAUAGCACAGAUUCUUGUCAGCCAAUGAAGUUACCCUGCAUGCCCGGGGGAAAACACUCUCCUCCUCUGCCGCCCAAGAAAGUGAUGAUUUGUGUGCCUCCAGGGGGUCUAGACUCAAACUCCCCUUCUCCAUCCCCAAACCCCCUCAGCGGUCUCUCCCAAAAGUGUGUCCCUCCCCCCCAAGGAAUGCCACCCCACCACGGCACCUUGCUGCCCUCCCAGCUCGUCGGUUUAUCCAGUCUCCACCAGAGCCAUGGUCACCCACUCCAGCUUCAGUACGGCAGCUUGCACCCACCCAGUCGCAUCAUCGAGGAGCUUAAUAAAACACUGGCGCUUUCCAUGCAGAGGUUUGAAAGCUCUGUCUUACACGUGGGUGGCAGUCAGUGUGCUCCCCUGGACAGAAGAGAAGUGCCGUCUGUGAUCAUCGACUAUGAGGACGACAAGGAGAACAUGCCCAACGAGUCCGAUUAUGAAGACCUGCCCAGCAUGUAUAAGGAUGAGGACGACGAUGUAGAUGAUGAUGACGACGACGACGAAGAUGAUGAUUCCAUAUUUACAAGUACACUGGCUCAGAAGGUGCUGAGGAAAGACUCUCUAGCCAUCAAGCUGAGUAACCGUCCAUCCAAAAGGGAACUGGAGGAGAAAAACAUCCUUCCCAUGCAGACAGAUGAGGAGAGACUGGAAUCUAGGCAACAGAUAGGCACCAAACUAACAAGGCGUUUGAGUCAGAGACCCACAGCAGAGGAGCUGGAACAGAGAAACAUCCUCAAACCUCGCAAUGAGCAGGAGGAGAUGGAGGAGAAGAGGGAGAUAAAACGGAGGCUAUCACGAAAGCUGAGCCAGAGGCCCACUGUGGAGGAGCUCAGACAGGCCAAAAUCCUUAUCCGAUUCAGCGACUAUGUGGAAGUGUCAGAUGCCCAGGACUACGACAGGCGGGCGGAUAAACCCUGGACACGGCUCACAGCAGCUGACAAGGCAGCUAUACGGAAGGAACUCAAUGAUUUCAAGAGCAAUGAAAUGGAAGUGCACGAGUCAAGUCGCCAUUUAACCAGGUUUCACAGACCAUAGUAGACCAACACUGUCUCGAGCAGUGCCAGACUGGCGCUCUCCUCCACUGAGAACCUUAAGUGCUGGACAGUAAAAUGGUGCCCAUUUCUACAAUAAGGCCAUGUCUUCUGAAAUGCCUUUUCAAGACCCACACAACUGAGUCGGUACUACACCCAAGAUGCAGAAACCCACAACGUCACUCUCUGUAGUAGCACAUAAUGACUCCAGUUGAUUCAUACAUUGCCCCUCUGUGGAAUUAUUCGACUGUACCAUAAACUUCUCUGCUAGGCUGUCUGGCAGGCAGGACAAACGGCUUUGAUUUGCAACUGAUUGACAGUUUCUACAUCUAUGAAGGGCAGCUGUACCCGUGAGGCCCCAUCUUGGUUCAUCAAUGACAGUGGACUUGUUCUAUCCCUCUUCUUUAUUAUCCUGUCACUCUGGGCCCUGGAGCCCUUCAGGACAACUCUAUUGAAGGAUGCUGGGUUGAUUGUUCUGAUUUCACUCCUGCAGGAAAUCCAUCUUUACUGCACCUGCUGGGACUUUGGAAAAGGCUUAGAAAGCGGCUGGAGAGGAAGGUGGAGUCCAACUUUAGAAUCAUGUGCAAUAUUUUUUUUUGCUGCUUUUCUUAGGCUCUAGCACCCUCUGGAGUUCCCUUUGUGUCAUUGCUAUGUAGUACUGAUAUCUCUUCCCUCAUAUGUGCAAUUACCGACAAUUUUGACAUCUAAUUGCUAACUGUGAAUUUGAGAGUUUAGGCGAGUCCUGCUCUCUGUCUAAAUGUACAUUUUGUGUAUAGUGAGAAAUGAAAGGAACAAAGUUACAUUUAAAGAAAAAUCAUGCUUGACCAAGUUUCACUCAUGUCACAAUCUUAUACAUUUAAAGUAAGAAUUGCCACUGGCAGAUGUAUUCUGAUUCCAGCAAGUGCAAGAAUUAUUUGUUUUAUAUGAUGAAGUUUGUUUUUGAUAGAGGCACUUCAGUCACAAAUAAUUAAUUUACAUGUGUUCACAUGUCCAAGCUCUUUUAGACUGAUUUUUUUUUUUUUUUUUUUUUUUGAAGAAACUAAGAGCUAGCUUCACUACACUGUCUGUUUAAUGAUCUUUGCUCAUAAUGUGCACUGUAUGAUACACUUUACUUUUGUACUCAUGUCAUUGUAAGCUUUUAACCAAGCAAUAUCCCUCGUAUGUAUGUAGAGAAACGGUUACACUGCAGGUGUACCCCCGCCACCAUUUUUUACUGUGCUUAUACACAACACCUCACUUCAGGGUUUUCAUUUUUUCUUUUCUUCCUUUCUUUUUUUUUUACUUAAGGAAAGCUUUAUCCAGGAUGACUUUUAUUUUCUUGACUGAGCCACUUAAAAAUCUACCACUUUAACAGCUUAUAGACAUAUUCAGGCAAUUGAUUUAGUUGUCAGACCUAGUAUAGACCACGUUGCAUUCUCAGUUCUGACGGAGGAGUAAUGUAAAUUUAAGUGGGUUCGUUUAGUCAGGAUUUUUAAAUUUGUAUUGAUAAAAUUCUUUGCACUGUUAAGGAGUCUGGCUUUACAAUGGUCACUGUUUUAAGGUCAGGGCCCAUGUGUGUAAAAUAUUUCUAGAUUUCUGAUCUGUGACCAGUUUUCUCUUCAUUUGAAUGGUCUUGUUACCUGAUCACUGAUCCUGCAGCAGUAUUCGAUGCUCAUAAGCUUUCUGUACACAGAAUAUUUUUAGUAUUUUUUACUGUAUUACUUUUAAAGUUGCAAUAUGAAAUUCUUGUCUGAAGAAAAGUAUGUAAAAGACUUUUGGCCACCUACUGUAAUGCAUCUGUUUGCAAAGGAAAGCAUUCUCCCUUAUUAAGGUAUUGAUUGGUGAUGGAUAGAUAACCCUAAAAAAACAACAAACCAAGGACACAGAAAAUUGUUUUGCACUUUCUGUAAUAAGGAAAAUUCUUCUUGUUUGUUUUUUAAAAUCAAAUAUGUUACCAGGUUGUCUAAUUUGGGAGACUGAAAAACAUGGAGUAUUUUUGUGUAAGAACCAGCUUUUGUGUGAUUCCAGCAUCUUGCCAUCAUUUGAAACUCCAUCCACAGUAGAUUAUAAUAGGAAUGAAUGUAUACAAAUACAGUUUCCCUUUUCAGCUCCAAGAAACAACCUGAGCCACUGGGCUGAGCAUGAGGUUAUCCAUUUUGCUGGAAUCAAGGAACAUGAAUUCAGCAAUAAUCUGUUUUCUUUACAUGUAGGUGGAGCAACUAAACAACUUUGAAAGUGUUGCUUUUUUUUUUUUUUUUUCAUUUUAAAAUACAGAUGACCAUGUAAAGGAUACAUCAUGACAAUUAAAUUUAAUUUCUGAAUGCA